AUGCGUAGCAAUGCUGGAUAUAAGUCCCGCACAUGCACGCGCACCAGAAGACUCGAGAUCCAACUACAAAACUUGGAUCGGUCCAUAACGGUUCGCGCCAGUGAUAUGGAUUUCGUAUGGACGACUGACAAGCAGGAUACCUCUAACCGGCUAUGGGCUAUAACAUCGGCGGUCGGUGCAGGCCUGUGUCUCCUGGUCCUCGUUGUCAUAAGUAUUGCCUGGCGGCAUCCAGCCUCUCGUCCUGAUCUGGACCGGGUGAGCUUUCGUAUUGUGAUAUAUACGCUCAUAGCGAACACCUUGUUCGGCAUCGCAAGUGCGGUCGGUGGUCAGAUUAGGGGUCCAGGGUGGGGGUGUGGAUUAUCUAUCUGGUUACUUCAGCUAACCUUGGAAUUUUCAAGCUUUAUGCUGUUCUGCAUAGCUCUCAAUCUACAGCGAGUUACCAGAAUCCUCUUUCACGGACAUAAUCAGUCGAGUCGAGCUAAUUUCGUUGUACAUGGUUUGAACGGGCGAAGAAUGGAGAAGUUCUACGUCAUCGGCUCUCUUUUCAUGAGUAUAUUGCUCACUAUACCACCCUACGCCACCGGACAGUAUGGCUGGGACCCUCUAUUGGGCGACUGUUGGUACACUAACGAUGAUAGAGCGCGAAGACUAGCAUGGCAGCUGGGAACCCAGCUGAUAUGGACGGCCUCGACAGUUGUCGGCGAAAUCUGCGCAUCUUUAACAGUGAUGGUGUAUAUGCUCAUGCAUAGGGUAACGCAAAAGCAUGUUCUGGCGCCCAGGGAAGCGUCGUACACGAUCUCUGAUGGCCCCUCACCGACGAUCGACGCAUCUGCCGCCCCACAGGUCAUCUACGCAAAUGCGUACAAGGGGAUCAUAAUCCGCAUAGCUCUGUACCCCAUCGCAUCCUGCGUAUUCAAUCUUCUAGGUGUCGUUCCGGUUGUGCACGCGACGGCGACUGAUGGUAUACAUGAUCAGAACGAAUACAGAGUUCUUCUGCUCACUGACAAGGAGCUUCCAGGCGACAUUCUGUACGGCGGUCGGACGAUAGUGUACGCUUUACUGGCGGCCUCUGACCCUGCUCUUCUUCGCGCUAUAAAAUCACUCCUUCAUCACAUUCGAUCUGCACAAACGGAAAGCCUACGUAACGGACCUCCGACGGCCAUAACAGAAGGGAGUGACGAUGUAGUAGUCUCCGUCGAGCUUACCACAGUCCAUUCCAGUGACUUCCACCAACCUCAUUCCGCACGGAUUGAUCAAAAUGGCAGCAGUGUCGAAACCAUUGCUCAAGGCAGCAGAACGCCCCAAAAUAGACACAAUAUAUUUGCAGAUGUGAGUGGGAUUGAGAAGGACGGUGGUUCGCACAAGGGGUCGGAGGUUAAGGACGCACAUAAGGAGUCUGUGAUCCAUAGCCCAGCCCAGGGACCCAGAAAUCAGAGGAUCGAUUGGAGUGAAGAGGUAUCGGAGAUGGAUAUUGAUAAUGGAGACAGGGCUGAGACUUUGAGCAAGGCUAGAGAGGAUGAAUUCCAGAGGCAGAUUUGA